AAAGCGGUCACACUGAAAACCAAAUGAAAAGUGUGAAAAAUUAAGAAAAAAUAUCAAAAGUUCAUCGAAAUAAUUGUGCAAAAAGCCCCGAGCAGCAUAUUGACUGCGUGUAACAUAAAACAGUUUUUAUGCGGCGCCUCAAGAAAUUGUCGAAGAGUCACAGCGUGACGGAGAACGAUGGCAGCAGUGUGACGACGGCAAUGGAGGUAGCGGCGACAGCGGCUGCACCAACGACGGCGUCCGACACAAAUGGAGGGUCUGGCGCAGACAAUGUCCUGAAUACAGAAAUAUUUAAACAUUUCGACAAGGCCGGCAGAAGUGAAUUUUUGAAAUACCUCAAACAACAGCUGCAGGAAAGUGCCGACAGUCCCGUGUACGAUCGGAAUGGCGUCUUCAAGCAGGGCGUCUCGAAUGCCAUAUACGAGCUGCUCUGGCAGGCAAUACGCUUCACCCACAAGAAGGAUCUUGUCCUGAAUUUGCUCACAGAAGUUGUGGCCAUACAUAAGGAUUUCCCUAGUCUCAUUGUGGAUGUGGUAAAUAUUUUGGACAGCGAGACGUCCCUUAUGACAGAAGGCCUGCACGAGGAGCGUCAUGGUUUUGUGCAGCUCGUCAAGGAAAUGGACAAGGUGGUGCCAGAGAGUUUGCUCAAAGAGCGCCUGGAGAUUGACACGCUGCAGGAGGUGGGAAUUGUGAAGAACAAAAGUUUCUACUCCAAGUUCAUCAAGGUCAAAACCAAGUUGUACUACAAGCAGCGGCGCUUUAAUCUAUUCCGCGAGGAGAGCGAAGGCUUUGCCAAGCUUAUAACUGAGCUGAAUCAGGACUUUGAGGAUACAGUCACACCCGAGAGCAUUAUGGACAUAAUGAAGUCGCUGAUAGGUUGCUUUAAUCUGGAUCCCAAUCGCGUGCUGGACAUCAUAACUGAAUCGUUUGAGACAAACCCGGAACGUUUGCAUCUGUUCAUACCACUGCUGCGCAGCUAUACGCCUACGGGGGCCAUUAUUUGUGAAGUGCUCGGCUACAAGUUCUGCUAUUACAAGGACUCGCGCACACCACGAUCUCUUUACCAUGUGACCGCUCUGCUGCUGAAGCACGAGGUCAUUGAACUGAAUGAUGUGUACUCUUGGCUGACCCCCAACGAUGGCAGCAUCAAAGCAAACUGGGAGAACGAACUGGCUGAUGCUCGCGAAAUGGUGCGCAAAUUGAAUUUGAUCUCCACCAACAAAAAGGAAGACGAUAAGGAGCCACCACCACCGCCGCCAGCCGUCAAGCUAUUCAAUUUGGAAAAGUAUAAUAUGAACCAAAAGUUUGGACUCUGCGAGGCUCUGCUCAAGAUCGGCGACUGGGAGAAUGCCCACAGAAUCAUACAAAAACUGCCAGAACAAUCGGUGGUCAUUCAGGAGCCCAUUGCUCGUGCCAUCGUGGAACUCAUACACUUUUCGGUGGAGCAUGUCUACUACAAGAAAUGCUUCAAGGCGCCAGCCGGACGCAAACAGAGUCGCAGUCGCUUGUACGAUGAUGCCAAGCUGGUGGCCAAUAUGCAGGCACGGGAAUUUGUGGAUCUGCGCAAGUAUACGUGGCCCAUGGCCAAUGUUUUGGGCCCAGCCAUGCACUGUGACACCGUGCUGAUGUACAAACUGAUACGAAUUAUGAGCAAACUGAUUGUGGAGAUGGGUGUGGACAGCAUGAAUGGACCGCCGCCAAAUUCAGAUGCGGAGAAACACUAUUACGACAUAAUGUCCUGCAUGGACGCCUGUAUACUGCCAUCGCUGUUGUAUUUGGACAAUAAUUGCUCCAUGUCCGAGGAGAUUUGGACUGUGCUCAAGUACUUCCCCUAUCAUUAUCGCUACAGCCUGUAUGCCCGCUGGAAGAACGAUAGCUAUCAGCUGCAUCCUAAUCUGAUACGUCGCAGUGGCUUGGCCAUGCGCGACAUCAAGGCACUGAUGAAGCGCGUGAGCAAGGAAAAUGUCAAGCAAUUGGGUCGCCUUGUGGGCAAGUACUGCCAUUGUGCUCCCGGACUGCUGUUUGAUUAUAUUCUCCUGCAAAUCCAAAUGUACGACAAUCUCAUUGCGCCCGUCUGUGACAUGUUAAAGUUCCUGACAUCCCUGUCCUUUGAUUGCCUGGGCUAUUGCAUCAUUGAAUCGUUGACGCUGACGGGUCGUGGCCGCUUCAAAGACGAUGGCACCUCGCUCUCCUUGUGGCUGCAAAGUCUGGCCUCGUUUUGUGGCACUAUCUACAAGAAAUACAGCAUUGAGCUGAGCGGCCUGCUGCAGUAUGUGGCCAAUCAAUUGAAGCAUCAGAAGAGCUUGGAUCUGCUGAUACUACGCGAGAUUGUGCACAAGAUGGCAGGCGUGGAGACCUGCGAGGAGAUGACCAAUGAGCAGCUGCAGGCCUUGUGCGGCGGCGAACAGCUGCGCGGGGAGGCCGGUUACUUUAGUCAAGUGAGAAACACGAAAAAGUCAUCGAAUCGUUUGAAGGAGGCGCUGGCCAACAAUGAUCUGGCUGUGGCCAUUUGUCUGCUGAUGGCACAGCAGAAGCAUUGUGUGAUCUUUCGCGAAACGGCGGCGCAUAGUCAUCUGAAGCUGGUGGGGAAUCUAUAUGAUCAAUGCCAGGAUACGUUGGUGCAAUUUGGCACCUUUCUGGGCUCCACCUAUUCGGUGGAUGAGUAUGUGGAGCGACUGCCAUCGAUUAUAACAAUGCUGCGGGAGUAUCACAUCAACACGGAUGUUGCAUUCUUCCUAGCGCGUCCCAUGUUCACGCAUCAGAUAAAUCAAAAGUACGAUCAAUUGCGCAAAUCUGAUCCCAAUGCCAAAAAGCUGACCACCACACAAAAGCUGCAAAAGUAUCUGGAGGCGACCACGCUCAUCAUGAAUCCCAUUGUGGAGUCUGUGCGUCCGUUGCACAGUGCCAAAGUCUGGGAGGACAUAAGUCCGCAGUUUUUGGUGACCUUCUGGAGCCUCAGCAUGUACGAUCUGCAUGUGCCCAACGACAGCUAUCAGCGUGAGAUUGGCAAACUGAAGCAGUUGGCGCAACAAGCAGCCGACGGCAAGGACUCCAAUCAGUCAAAGAACAAAAAGGAGCAAGAGCGGUACAUAGCGCUGAUGGAGAAGCUCAAUGAUGAGCGCAAGAAACAGCACGAGCAUGUGGAUAAGAUACAGCAGCGUCUGCAGGAGCAAAGGGAUAGCUGGUUCCUGCUGCGUUCGGCCAAGUCUGCCAAGAACGAUACCAUUACGCAGUUUCUGCAGCUUUGCCUGUUUCCGCGCUGCACUUUCACUGCUCUGGAUGCGCUCUAUUGCGCCAAGUUUGUCCACACAAUACACAACCUAAAGACGGCGAAUUUUUCCACGCUGCUGUGUUACGAUCGGAUCUUCUGUGACAUUACCUACUCGGUGACCUCUUGCACGGAGGGUGAGGCCACACGCUAUGGCCGCUUUCUGUGCGCCAUGCUGGAGACUGUGAUGCGCUGGCAUGCCGAUCAGGCCGUCUUCAACAAGGAGUGUGCCAAUUAUCCCGGCUUUGUUACCAAAUUUCGUGUCAGCAAUCAAUUCUCCGAGGCCAACGAUCAUGUGGGCUAUGAGAACUAUCGACAUGUGUGCCACAAGUGGCACUAUAAGAUCACCAAGGCCAUUGUCUUUUGCCUAGACUCGAAGGACUUUAUGCAGAUACGCAAUGCCUUGAUCAUACUCAUGCGCAUACUGCCCCACUAUCCCGUGCUGGCCAAACUCGCGCAGAUUAUCGAACGCAAGGUGGACAAAGUGCGCGAGGAGGAGAAGACCAAACGCCCCGAUCUGUAUGUCAUUGCCUCCAGUUACAUUGGCAAACUGAAGCUGAAGACACCGACCAUGUUCAAGGAGAGCGACUUCCAUCAGUUGCCAGAGCGACUGCCCACUAAAGCGUCACAGGAACCCGAAGCCCCGGGCACUGGCAGUGGUCCCAGCAUCAAAGUUUCGGGCACGGAUAAGGUGGCGUCUCAGAAUCCUACCUCGCCCACGACCAUCAAGGCAGGCGGCGGUGCUGCGUCCUUCUAUAGCGAACAAAAUGCAAACUCCAGCAAAGAACGUGAUGGCAAGUCAUCUGGUAACACGCGCAACGACUCGAAACCCACCGAUACCAGAGCGCCGUCUUCAUCCGCCGCCAACUCAGCGCUGUCCACAAACGAGCGUGAGAGCAAACAACGAGAUCUGCCAGCACCCAGAGAGUCGCAUUCCCGCAGCAACAAGGAGGAACUGCAACAGCAGCAGGAGCAGCAGCAGUUCCAGUCUGCCAGCAAUGGCAGCAGCCAAAGCGAGCGUCGCAGUCGUGAGGCGGAACGUGAACGCGAGCACGAGCAGCGGCACAGCAGCCUCACCAGCAGCCAUCGCAGCUCCCGGGAGAACAACAGUCGCAACAAGGAGCGUACCGAAGCAGAGCUGAAUCAGCGUGCCCGAGAGCGCGCACAACGUCAGGACGAACUGGAGGCGGCUGCCGCACAGCGCAAUCAGAAGCGUGAGAAGACAUCGCGACGCGAAGAGCGCCAUCGACACGAGGGCCUGGAGACGGUGGAUCUGGUGGCCAGCACCAAUGAGCAUCGACAGUUUGACGAGUACGAGGGACGCCAUCGAGAUCGUGAUUUGAGCUCUGUUUCCAAUGAGAGCAAUGGAUCCCUGCAACACAGACGCAGCCUGGAUGCCAUUGAAUACGAAAAAGAUUCAAAGCGUCGUAAAAUGGAAUCAUCGUCGAGCAGUUCAAAGAAGGUUGAGGAGCUCGUCGAUAGCGUGAAGAAAGCGCGUGGUCUCAAAACCAAGGAGCGCAACAAGGACAAGCUAUCCGACGAGGAACGGGAUGCGCGCAAGGAUCGCAAGCUGGGACGCAAGCGGGACCGUGCCGAAGAGUCCAACAGUGUCGAUCACAAGCGACGUCGCGAAGCACAAAAUGGCGAAGAUGAUCUGCGCGAGCGCGAACGACACAGAGAUAAAUCGCCACGAGAGCGUUCACACGAGAAGUUUGACAGAGAACGAGGCGGCGGUGGAGGCAGCAGCUCGCGAGGCGACGAUCGGCAGUACUCCAUCAAAACAGCUCGCUCCUCGAGGGUCAACUACUAAUCUACCCCGUUCUCGGAUCGGUCUGAUGCAUUUUGUUAAACUUUAAUAAACUUAUUCUGAAUUGUCUGUUCAGCCAACAAUCA